ACUUCGCUUGAAAUCAUUUCUGUUUACAGGUUCUUCUGCAAAACACACUUGCGUUUGCCAUUAAAGGAGAAAAUCGCGCGCAUCGAGCGUAGCGCGCGUUUACAAGAGAAGAACAAUAAUCGCGAUGAAGAGUCGUCAGGCCCUAGUCGAGAAGUCGUUCCACCAUACUCUCAAGAGACCGCAGCAUCGAGGGAUGCCGUGCCCGCAAGUGGCUUGGUGCAGCGCACGGCAACUCUCAGCUUUUUUUCUCCUGAGAGUCUUCGGGAUAGAACUGUUCAGAAUAUGCGUGACAGCGCAAUGGGAGGCCCAAUUUCGCCUGUUUCUGAGGUGCCUUCAAUUGACGAUCGUAGACCCGAGAGAGCAGAGUUCAGUAAUCAUCUGAAGAAAUCCAGUACCAUGUCAAGCGUGGAUCCGGUACAGCUUGAGUUGGAAUCAGAUUCGUUAAGUUCCUCAUCUGAUUUCGAAUGCGAAUUGGAAGAAUGUGGUGGAAACAACUCUGGCGCCUCUGUCAGCGAAAGCGAUGCCAGUAUCUCCGAGGACGAAGGAGACGAACUUGAAGAAGGCGAUCUUGAAGAGUUGGAGAGAACGGUGCUACAGUAUUCCGAACAAAAUCCUGAACUUCCAUUGACUGAGGAACAGGUGGUGUCUGUCAUUGAAAACAUAAAUCGUCGAAGGAAUGCACCUACGAGCACACCAAGAAAUGCGGCGCCUCUAUAUCGGAAUGACGACUACACUGAAGAGGUAGAUGUUUUUCAUACCCCUUCGGAACGAUUCACACGUGAUGGAGUAAGUGGUGAGUCUCCAAGUUCACCACCGAAUGGUAGCCUGGACCCGGAUAUCUUCAUGACUCCUGCAACAACAAUAUCAGCAUAUGACAUCAGAAAGAAAAAGGCCGCCGAUUUGGAACGUCUACGAACGGAGUCUCGAUUGAAGGCCAAGUUGAAGACUGAUGAAGAGCUCGGACUCGAGGGUGCGAGAGGAGAACGAAGGUCGAUGCCAGUGGUUGAUGUUUCGGCACCUUUAUCAAUCCGUUCUAUUGCUGCAUCACAAGAUGAUCAUUUGGCAAAGGAACAGCUCAAGGAAAAGGCGGACCAUCUUCCUGAAGCGCAACAAGCGACUCAUGCGACUGGUUUGCUGUCACGCUUGUUCACUACAGAGACAGAAGGAAAGAGUCAGGAAGUUCACGUGCGUUCAUUGCAGCCAAUGAGUCGUUUCAACGCGAAUGAUGUGGUACAUUCUGAGAGCCGCAAAGAAACUAACAUCCUUGCUAACUCAUUGCGACGUUUCAAAAUGAGGCGCGCUGAAGUCCACUCAAGAGAUGCUCAAUCCUCAUCAUCAACAAGCUCGUCGUGCACAUCGCCUCAUCCAGUCAAUGGUUCGUCUAGUACGGAAGUAGAGAGUCGUGAAGUACCGUUUGCGGCGGUAGCUCCCUCACCUCGACUGGACACUGAUGAAGGCGCUGCGCAUAUAUCCGUAAACGAGCGAAAUAUACGACUUUUCCACAAAAGAGCCGAAAAGAUAAGAAGACAACAUGAUGACGAACGCCGUCGAGGAGCGCAAGAAAUACAACGGGGUCUGCAGGAAUGCGAAAUACGCAUGGAGGAGAUAAAGGCAAUGGGACAGUCAUUGGAGCUGAAGCUCAUUGAAGAUCCCGAAAAUGAGUGGGCAAUGGAUUCGUGGUUUGCUCUAGUCCAUGAAAGGGAGAUUCUGAAGAGCAAAGAGGAAAUGCUACGGCUCAGUAAACGAGAAGUAGAACUCGAAGUCAAGUAUCGAGAUUUGAACCUGCGCUUUAAGCAGCUGGGUGAGGGAAUGAAUGACAACCUCACUGCAAAUAGUGAACUUCUCGCUGCGAUGCUGGCCGUUGUUGAGGAAAAGAAGGAAGUAAACAGGCUUUGCGAGAAAGCCAAGCAGAGCUACAAAAUGAUCAACGCAAACAUGAAAGCUUUGAGAGAUAAAGGUCGAAAUUUUGAAAGAUUCAGACCUGUAUUUUCUGUGCAGUGA